UCUUUGUCACCACAUUUUAUAUACCAAAAUUAACCUUAAAGCCUUAUUCUUAAUUAGCAUUUUAUCAUCACAACCAGUUUAAGAUAUCACCCCUAGUUUCUUCUUUCUUCCAAAAUGGAACCACCAACAGAAACAAGACCCGAAUUAGUAGUAGUUGGUCAGGAUGCACCACCACCACCACCACCAGAAGAUCCAACGUUACAAUCUCUCAUGUGCAAGGUUUGUACGUUAAAAGUUUCCAUUCAUUGCCAAGGCUGCUUGAGAAAAGUCAGAAAAGUCCUCCACAGCAUAGACGGUGUUUAUAAAACGAUGAUUGAUUUGAAGCAACAAAAAGUGGAAGUAAUGGGAAACGUAGACACUGAUACACUGAUUAAGAUACUCACACAAACGGGAAAACGCGCAGAGUUAUGGCCUGAUACAGAACCGAUCAAGAAGAAAAAGAAAAAGAAGAAGAAAAAGAAGAAACCAAAGCCAGAUAACAAUAAUCAGAGCACAGAUCAGAAACAGAGUGACGGAGAAAGCAGUGAUGAAGGAAACCAAACCGAUGGUAACGAAAACGAAGCUGUUAAAGUUGUUGUUCAAGACACAGCGCCGAGAAAUCCUGCCACCGAAGGUUGCGGCGGCGGCGGAGGUGGAAGAAUUGUUGAAGGAGGAUGGCCAACCGGAAGAGGCGGUGUGCAAUUUCAAGAAAUGAAGCCGGAGGUUAGACAUGUUAUGACUUUUCCAGCCGGUAACCAGUUUAACCAGUUACCGGUUGCAGAGAAAAAGGUUACGAUCGCGGUUGAGAAUGGAGCGGGAAACGACGGUGGAUAUAGAAGGAAUAGAAUGUAUUACAAGGGGCAAAAAGGGAAUAAUGAAGGUUUAAAUGUUAGUUUUGAACCUUCUUCUGGUGAUUGGAAUCAGAAUCAGAUGCAUGGGAAUGGGCCUUAUGGGAAUGGGCCAGGGUCAGGCCCAGGAACAGUUUCGUUUAUGGGCCCACCUAAUGAAAGUCCUUCAAGGAAUCAAUACCCAGCGCAUUAUCAUGCACCAGGUUCUCCUCCUAUGGUGUGUGGUGGAAGCUUUCAUACGGGGUAUCCUUCUUCCAUGAAGUACGGUGCAUCGUAUUAUACGGCGUCAUCGCAACCGUAUUCGUAUUCUGCUUAUAUGCAUCAAAGUAAUGAUUCUGACUCUGAAUCUUAUACGUAUACUACACCACGUUCACGUGAAUCACGCCCGUCAAGUUCGUUUGAGUUAUUUAGUGAUGAAAAUCCUAAUGCUUGCUCAGUCAUGUAAUGAGAAUUGUGAUGCAUAGAUCCGAUAGGUUAGCGACGUGAUAUUCGAGUGUUAAUUAUUGGGUGUUAACUAGUAGCUGAAUUGCAACCACACCAUAACUAACUUGAUUUUGUAAUUAAAUAGUUGGUUGGUGAUUAUUAAUGGUAAUGGCCAUCGUUGUGUAUUAGCUUAGUAUGAGGAGUUGAAGUGGGAAUAAUAUGCAUGUUUUCUAUUGUUCUUUGUUUA